AUUGAUUACCAAACAGCAAGUCGUUGAUUCUGGGGCUUAGACUUGGAUAAGGCUUUUUCAGCGAACGCGAAUUGUUGCGGAAGAACAAGCAUGGCUUCAAUUACAGCCACGAUGAAAACUGUUCCCUCGGAACUUCAACUGCAACUCCGAACUUCCAGACAAUUUCCUGUGACAAGCUGCCGCAGUUAUAUUCUCACAGGUCGAAACUCCCCAUCCAUCAAUUUCUGUAAUGUACAAAAAUAUCUGUGCAGGAGGUUAUUAAUUCAUCGUAGUCCCCAUAGGAGAGGUCCAACACAUUUGCCCAGACAGAUAUCUGCAUCUAGUUCAGGGUUGGAGGCAUCUAUUACAGAUCAGAAGGACAAUGCAAUAACAUUGAAAAAUGCUGAGAUGGUUAUUGAAUCUCAGGAUGAAAAUAAGAUACAACUAAGAGUGAAGUUGCCAGGGGAUGAGACACAAAAAGUAUUUGAUCAAGUUUUGGCAAAUUUAGCUCGCACAGCACCACCAGUUCCUGGAUUUCGCAGGCAAAAAGGAGGAAAAACAUCACAGGUCCCGAAGAGCUUCCUCUUACAGAUAAUUGGUGAGGAGCGGGUCACCAAGUUUGUCAUUCAAGAGAUAGUUAAUUCAACCCUGGCUGAUUAUGUAAAGAAGGAAAAUCUCAAGGUAAAGGAUGACAAAAUUAACACGACCCAGACGGCAGCAGAACUGAAGUCACUGUUUACUCCUGGGAAGGAAUUUGGAUUUAAUGCUAUAGUUGAACUUGAAAAUUCAGAAACCGAGACAUAGAGAUGAUUCUACUAGAUGUAAAUUGGUGAUUUUGGAGAAACAUUCAAUUCUUUCUUCAUUCUCCCCUACUCUUUCGAGGUUUUCUGCAUCCUUCAAUUAUUGGUAGCGACCUUGAAGAACUCUUGCUAGUUGUCCAUUGUUAUCCCAGAUGGGCUCUACCCGUUGAUAAUGGAAUCUUCAUUUCUAUAUUAACAUUUGAGGGUUUGAUGUUAGGGCUGAAGCCGAACAUGUUAAGGAAUAAAUAAAAAUCCAAGAAGAUACAAAACUCUAGUUUUCUUGAGUGCAAA